CUUUGUACUCUGAUGCUGCCAUGAGCGAAGCUAGCCUAGAUCUGCUCUUAGCGCGCCUCGAUGCGCUGCUCACCGAGUCGAAAAGCAUGCCCUUCUUUGAGCUUCAAAAGACCAACCAGGUAAUCGCCUGUGGCCAUCUUAUCACAGCGAGCUGACUCAUUCAGAAUAUAGAGUAUGCUCAAAAAUUACUCUUACGCACAGAACUAGCAGAUCCUGCCUCACGCAGGGGUCAUGAAGGACAGCGCGAGCUGAUUCGCUCACUGCUUGAACGUGUCGCUGAUCAACAAGAUGCAUUUGAGAAGGCGAGAGUAGCAGCAGAGGAAGAAGAGCUUGCUGAGAAGCGUGCUCAGGAGGAAGCAAUCGCCGCAGCUGAAGAAAGCAAACGGACUGAGAAGAAUGGACAACAUGGACGGUCUACGCUAUCCUCGCAAGAGCACAUCCUGCAACAGCAUCGUUCUCAGCAAGAGUCACUGACGGAUGACUUGCUCAAUAUGGCACAGACUCUGCGACAAAAGCAAACCGAGUUCGGCAAGGCCAUCACAGCUGAUAAUGAGCUCAUUGAGAAGACUGGUGAGGCACUCAACAGGAAUGCUGACCGAAUGAAAGCGACUGGUGGUAGACUCGGCCAGUAUGCCAAAAAGUCCAGCAGCACAACAUGCUUGUCCCUUGUGGCGAUCUUGGUGGCCCUACUGGGUGUUAUUUUCAUGAUUGGUGUCAUUAAAGUUACCUAGCAUUAUGAUUGCUGCGCUCUUUGUACGAACCGUGCUCUCCUCUGACGCGUGUACUCCUCCAUAUCUUCUCUGUAGCGUCGCCAACGGUCUUCGUGUUCUUCUUCCAGGAUGUCCCAAAGCUCUGACUGACGAACACUGGCCUGCUUCAUCUGCUCAUGCAGAACGGCUCGCGCAAGCUUGACUUCUGCAUGCCAGCCGACUUCUCCGGGCAUCGACAGAGCUUGGUAGAAUUGAUCUUCCGUGCUAGCAAGCAUUGCCUGAUAAUGCAGGUUAUCUGAUCGAUCAUGUCUGUGUUGCGUUUGCUUGAGACGCGAAGCCAUCAUCAUUGCCUGAGACUGAUUGUGCACGCGAGGUCGAAAGAAGGGAUUCUUUUGAGAAUCAUAGUUGAGGUACG